GUGUUACUCAAACGAGAAGCCUGCAGCUAAAUUAAAACGGGUGGGGCUUUAUCAGCCUCCCGGAGGGAAGAUUUAAAAACAACGCUGACAAUUUUUGCAAAUUAGCAAGCUCCUAGCCCAAAGAUGGAACCUGCCAAAGUGAAAAACAGCCUUACAGAACAAGUCACGCAAUGCCCCGUUAUUUCCAAUACGCCGAAAGAAGGAGGCAGGAGGAAACGGACCACGUUUAGCAAAGCCCAGCUGGACCUCUUGGUUAAGACGUUUGAAAAGGAUCCCUACCCUGGCAUCACCGUGCGGGAGAGGCUGUCCAGCCUGACGGAGAUACCCGAGUCUAGGAUUCAGGUUUGGUUUCAAAACAGAAGAGCCAGGCAGCUGAACCAAAAGAAGACUGAAGCCCCCACCUUUCCCAAACUUGAUUAUGGCAACAAGAAGCUGACCCACUUCAGUGUCAAUCUUCCAGACAGGCCAAGAAUCACACAGAGUCUUGCAUCUGGUCAGAGUCAACUGAAUCUACAGCCAUGUCUGCCGGGAGGGAAUCAAAAUAUUCCUAGUCAGCCCAUGCAGUAUUCAGAGCAACAACUUCCUAUGUUAGAUGGUCAUUUCAAGAGCUUGGACAGCACUUUUAGAACAGGGACCCAAAUCCAGAUCCCGUCAACUCAUUUAAACUCAGCGUAUGUGUCAAGAGAAAACCAGUACAGUUUAGGAGCCAUGGGGAGUCCUUCCCAGAUUCAGCACCCUAUGCAGCCACUACAGCAACAUCCAUACUAUCAGAGAUCUUUUCCUGAAAACUACUACUCAGAUACAAAUCUAUUCCAGGCCACUUCCCCCUUAAAACUCGGGGGGCAGCAGUGUGGUCAAGGUCCUCAAUAUCAAGCAGUCAAAGAAAACAUAUACAGGAUGCCUGUCACUAUCAACUAUUUAAACUCUAGCCAAGGAGUGAUCAAUGAGGAGUGUUCGUAUGUCAAGGCAAGCACUUCUCAUUUUAGUAAGAGUCCAGUUUUAGGUCCUGAUGGAGACUCACAAGUAAAAAUGGAGCCUGCUCAGGCUCAGUGUAACAUUGAUUCACCUGUUUCUUCUAGCAUUACUCUUCUCCCUUCAACAUUUUCCAACUGUCAGGUAACAUCUCAGAGGAUGUUGACUCCUCUGGUUCCUUUGUUUGGGCAACAACUGAAAGAAAUGAUAGAUGAAUUUGAUCCUCGUUGGUCAUACAUGAGAAAUGAAGUCAUGGGUACUGGUCUAGAUUUGCUAUUUGAAAGUGAACAAAAUGUAGAGCAAAGUAGUAGAAGUUACCCCUUCACCUCUGGUGACCAGAGUUCAAGCUGCCACUUAGGUCAUACCUGAAAAUGAACUUGGUGGAUAUGUUCACACCUUAUAAAUUUGCAUGAUUGUCAGGGUGAAAGAGGGAAGAGGCCGAGAAGUGUUGCUGGCCAGUGUGUUUAGGGUUUGUUAUGAGAGCUCUGUGAGAGUCAGUACGGGGAGGGAGGGGGAUGCAGGCCUGUAGAAGUUGGAAGGUGGCUGCUAGAAAUGAGUGAAUAACUUCAUCACUGAGUGUUUUCUCUUUGAGCAUUGUCAACAAGUUGCUUGGAGUGAUCUUGUAUUAGUUUAUAAUUAGCUACCAGAUAACUUUACUGGUCAGACAGUUCACUGAGUAUUUUACUCUCUGGUAGUCAAACUGUGUUGGUUAGCUUUGACUGGAGGUAUGGGGUUAUGGGAAAAGUUUCAGGGGAUUAUGUUUGUUUCCUCAUGGGAAGAAUGUACUACAUAUCUGGUGUGACUACUCAUGUUUAAAAUUCACUUUCUAUUCAGUAUACUCAAUUUCUUUCAGUGAAAGCUAACACAGGAGGCACAAACACACAUGCACAAAAAAAGCAAAUAGCUUUUUUAAAAUGAAAACUGAAGUCGAAAUUGCAGGGAGGUGGGGUGCUAUUUUUCCUACUUGAUAUGUGCCUUUAGUUAAAGUUGCUAGUAUCCCCUCUUUCAGAAGUACUUAAUGUACUUUUUUAAUGAACAAAAUGUGUAGUCCUUAAAAGGCAAUGUUUUAUGCAAAUUAGUGGUUUUCUAAUUGAAUUGUGUGAAUUCUACCAUAAGAAAGGGUUUUUUUCAAAAUCUUUACCAUUUCUUUCUCAGUCCUCAUCCUCUUAAAAAAAGAUUUAAGUGGGCUGUAACAGGACUUGAAGGAAAGCAUCCUUUUGAGUUGCACUUCUAAUACUAUACUGUAGGGCUUGAUCCUGAAGAGACUGGGAUCCAGCUCCUCAAAGGUAUUUAGGUGCUUAAUUCCCAUUGAUCUUGGACAUCAAUGAGUGUUAGGCACCAAAAGACCUUUAAGAAACUGUGCCUACAGCUCAAAGUGCCUAGAGGCUACUGAAUGGGCAUCCCCCUGUUUUUGCAUGAGGUUUGACUGAAGUCAAUGAACUCAGUGGGGUUCUGCUGAAGCUCAUGCAGUUGCAGGAGUGUGGCCAGGACAUCUUAAUGUCUUUUUCAUAAAUAUUUGUAUAAUGCUCAAAAAAUGGCUGUGGAUUCUUUUUAAAUGUUGACUUCAAACUUUAAGAUGUUAGUUUUUUUAAAAAUCAAUUUAAUUGUUCAUUCUAUAAAUAAGACAAAUAUAAGCUGUGUGUUUCUUUUUUACAUUGAUGUAGCUACAGAGAGGUAGUCCAGUGGCUUGCAUAUGGAUUGAGAACUAACAAGUCCAGAGUUGUAGUCCUGGCUUUUACAAUGAUUCCAUCUGUGGGUUGGACAAAUCACUUAGCCUCUCUGCCUUCAUCAUCCCUAUAGUUAAAAUGGAAAUAAUACUUAACUACCUCAUAGGGGUUUUACAAAGAACAGUAGGCUAAUAUCUAAGCGUUUUGCACACAAAAGGCACCAUGUGAGUGCUAAGUAUAUUUAUUAUGAAAUAAUCUG